ACUUCACCUGGCAGUCUUCAAUAACAUGAUCAACGUUGUCAAGGUGAUGCUGUCACAUGACAGUGACGGUGUCACGUUGGAUACCACACUGCGUGAAUGGGAAGGGAAAACAGCGUUGGACGUAGCCAGGGAAAGGAAGCAUGAGGGAUGUGUGCAGUUGCUGGUGGAGCACGAGAGUGCGAAGGAGGAACUGGAACUUCGAACUGCUGCUGUGGCUGAGGACAUCAUUGGUGGCAAGGACGAGGCCAGCGUGGUACGUGUGCGUAUGUACCUUGUCGGCAAGUACGCCACAGGAAAGUCCAGCUUUGUCCGUGCACUGCUCGGUGAAGAGUUCAUUGAAAACGCAGACAGCACCGACUCCAUUUCCAUCCAUCGAUCCAGACUCAGAAUGCAUCUCUCCUCUCAACUCGCCACAGGCACACAAGAAGCCGCACAAGUUCUUGUGGACAACAGUCAACAUAGUUUCUUUGUCAAUCUACUCACAGCUCGUAUCCGAUCAUCUCUAGAUCUGGUCAAGAAAAUCAAGGAGGCUCCAGAGCUACCCAUCGCUGCACAACCAUCAGCAUGGUCCAAGCUCAAGAAAUUCACCAGGUCACUACUUCCACCAACAAAGAGUACUCCUUUGGCUACUUUCCCGGCUACUGGUGGAGCAGCAGCUACAUCCGCUGUCCACAAUGAGUUUGCCAAUGUUCCUCAUGCUAAUGACCUGACCAAAGUGGCACCAGAUGUUAUCUCUCAAGUUCGCUCGUCUGUCAGCAAUGUCGAUAACAGUUCAAAUGGAGAGGAAGCAGCGUAUGCGUUUGUUGAGCUGUGGGACAUGGGUGGACAGAUGCCGAUGUUGGUACAACAAAGCAUCUCGUUUUCAAUUUGUGACAGCGUGUACAUUGUGACUCUUGACAUGAGGUGUGACCUGGAUGAAGAGGUAACGGAAGACGUCUACCGCUUCGAUGGUCAGGAGAUUGUAACUUCUACACCGUUGCCAGGAAUGACGCAGGCUGACUACCUUCACAUGUGUCUGUCACUGAUUGCUUUGCAGCAUAGAGCAGACACACACCCUGACCAGCAUCACCACCAGCAGCAGCAGCAACAGCAGCAGCAACAGCAGCAGCAGCCGCAACAGCAGCAGCAGCAGCAGCAACAUCAGCAGCACCAACAGCAGCAGCAUCAGCAUCAGUCAGACACAGAGGCGGGUAAGAGCAGUAGCAGCAAUAGCAGCCACCAUCAUGAUGAGAGUAGCACAGCCAUCAUGGUUGUUGUUACCCAUGUGGAUCUUGUCGACGACGACCAAAUAGAGAAGAAGAAGGACAUGUUCUUCAAUGCCGUGUCCAAGCUGGCUGAAAGGGCCGGCCCCAACGUCAAGGUCUGUGGACCCUUCUUUGUUGACAAUCACCGUCUUCAAGAUCGCGUAUCUCGCCACAGCCAGCUUGCUGAAGCACAGCAAGAGCUCUCUAGAAUUGUGUCUGCCUUUCCUGUCCAAGCAAUUCCCUUGAUGCAAGUGAAGAUAGAAGAAGCUAUUUCUCUCCACCAAAAGGAAAUGCUUCGCUAUGCAAAGGCUGGGUGCAGUGAUGAUGCAAUGCAAGCUACCAGUAGUGAGCAGCAGCAGCAGCGGCAGCAGCAGAGUUUUGUUAGUAUGGACUACCCACAGUUUGUAGACUUUUGUCGGCAUGUUAGCGGCAAAGAUCUCACCACUGCACAAGUGUCUGAUCUACUGCACCACCUUCAGCAACAUGGCACAGUGUUUUGCUGUGACUGCCCGCAUCCACUCACUUCAAGUGUCAUUUUCCUUGAACCCCAGCAGCUGUUACUCAACUUUGUACGCUUGAUGACCUUCCCUCUGAAGGAGACAGCUUUUCCAAGCACCUCAGCAACAUUAGUCAGAGAAGUGCAACACUUUCGACGUACGGGAAUUGCCAGCGCGAUGUUGAUAGAGAAAGUUUGGUAUCCUCUCAGCCGUGUUGUCCAGCUAGCUCUCUGCAAAUCCAUGUGUUACUUCAACUUGGCAGCAGAACUUCAGCCCGCCAGCAGUGCAGCCACCAGCAGUACAGCCACCAGCAGUACAGCCACCAGCAGUACAGUCACCAGCAGUACAGUCAACAGCAGUACAGCCACCAGCAGUACAGAUACCAGCACCGGAGGGUGUGGCAGUAGAGUCGGCGGCAGCAGCAACAGCAGCAGCAUCAGCAGACAAGACAGAUGUCCGGUUGUCACGCCAGGCCUACCCGACCUCUUCAUCCCGUUCUGUUGCAACCAGGAAGCAUUACGGUUGGUUUUGGAGGAGGAUGUUCCCUUUAAGCUACCGUUUAACCACCUCAGCUUCCCUGGGAUGCUGUUUCCUCCACCACUGUUCGGUCGCUUAGUCACCUACAUAAUUCAUCGUAUGAAGAAAGAGUCAGCCAGUCUUCAGUUCACAUCCAGUGCGGCAUCACUGAAUUUGGAGGUUGGUUGUAGCCAAGUAUGCCUCUGCUGGACACCGACAGGUGUUCGCUUAGAAUGCGCUGCUGCUACACCAUCCAUACUUGCUGAUGUGGCUUGGGAUAUGAAGAGUGCAAUUGUUGACUUCACACAAGUUCUCAGCACCCAAGGGUACCGGCAGUUCACAGUUGUUGGUGAGUCUUUCGCCUGCACUUCCGCAUCAUGCCAGGAUCGCCUGAAGGAAUGCAGCAGUCCUGCAGAGGUGCUGGUACACUCGUCGUGGGUGUUGCUAACCAGCUUGCACAAGAAGCAUUUCUUGACGGCAUACGAGUCAGAUGGGAACACCGCCCUGACCUUCAAGGCUACGUGUGCUACCUGCAAGGAGAAGGUCAUUAUUCCGAGGUCCUUCUGGCCCUGGCUGCGUAAGGAUGUGCCAUUUGUCCAAGCUGAGCAGCCACUAGCAGCAGCAGCAGUGCCACCAGCAACAGUGCCACCAGCAGCAGCAGCAGUGCUACCAGCAGCAGCAGCAGUGCCACCACCAGCAGCAGUGCCACCAGCUGCAGCAGUGCCACCUGCUUCAGCAGUGCCACCAGCAGCAGUGCCACCAGCAGCAGCAGCAGUGACACCAGCAGCAGUGCCACCAGCAGGACAAGCAGCAGCAGCAGCAGCAGCUGCAUUACCUCUGCCAUCAUCAUCAUCAGCAGCAGCAGCAGCAUUGGAGUCCGCAUCAGCAGCAGCACCAGUGCCACCAGCAGUACAAUCAACAACAGCAGUAGCAUCAUCAGAAUCAUCUACAUCAUCAUCAGCAGCAUCAGCAUCACCACCAGCAGCAGCAUUAGCACCCGCAGAGGCAGUUUCAUGCCAACGGUCGACAUCACCGGAGAAGCUUGUACCAGAAGAUGGUUUAGCAAAGGUACUCCAACCGGAGCUUAACACUAACCAACCAUAUGAGGACGAAAAUUCGUACGGCGACCCAUUCAAACAAAGUGCCUUCAUAACCCAUAUCUCACCUUGGCUGGGCACAUUACCCGCAGGAACAUUUCGUAAAAUGGCUCAAGAGGCCAGGUUCUUUGCCGAUCUGGAGCAGAUAGACGACUUGAAGAGGAUUGAGAGACGAGAUGGACCACGCGCUCACAACGAGGAGUUGGUCAACAUUGUAAGCAGCGAGGAACAGGUCGGCUACAUCAAGCUUGUGAAGGUCAUCAAACGCUGGGGUAAAUAUCCCAACAAGGUCGACAAGAUGAACCAGCUGCUGCCACGACGGGCCCGUGUGUAAACGAUGGAGGUUUCAAGCACUUCAAGCAGCAAGUGCUGGUACCGUUCUCUCUCUCUCUCCCUCCUUUCUCUCUCUCUCUCUCUCUCUCUCUCUCUCUCCCUCCCCUCUCUCUCUCUCUCUCUCUCUCUCUCUCUCUCUCUCUCUCUCUCUCUCUCUCUCUCUCUCCCUCUCUCUCUCUCUCUCCCCCCUCUCUCUCUCUCUCUCUCUCUCUCUCUCUCUCUCUCUCUCUCUCUCUCUCUCUCUCUCUCUCUCUCUCUCUCCCUCCCCCCCCCUCUCUCUCUCUCUCUCUUUCUCUCUCUCUCUCUCUCUCUCUCUCUCUCUCUCUCUCUCUCUCUCUCUCUCUCUCUCUCUCUCUCUCUCUCUCUCUCUCCUCUCUCUCUCUCUCUCUCUCUCUCUCUCUCUCUCUCUCUCUCUCUCUCUCUCUCUCUCUCUCUCUCUCUCUCUCUCUCUCUCUCUCUCUCUCUCUCUCUCUCUCCGUGGUGUGUUCUCUAUAUUACUGACUGGCUAUGCUGUUCAUCAAAUCCGUUCUUUCUUAGUCAUAUUUACCAAAUUGUAGCAGCAUUAUGUUAUGCUUGAUGACUACCCCACUAAAUAUUUCCUUCCUCUAUAUAAAUAUACUCCCCCCUCCCCACCCCUUGUCCCUACUCCUCCCAAGUUUUUGGUGCACUGAAGUGUCGCUGAAGCCGAGACCUCAGGUCGGCAGAGAUGCUCCAGUUUCACCACCACAGUUGCGUCUGCAACCACCUCUAUCAUGCAGUAUUCUGUUCUGGAGGUUCGUGGUUUCCCGUAAAAAAAUGAAAUAUUCUAGUAGGUUAGACAGUAAAGACAGCUAAUUGUAGAGGACCACACCAGGUUACUUUGCCCGUUGCAGAAUUACUACUUAUAGUCAUGCAGAUACUUGAAACUUUUCUUUUGAAUUUUAUGAAAGCAUAUAUUGGAAUAUUUUCAUUAUGCCGAGGUAUACCGAGUAGGUUAGACUAUUUUGUAUGUAUGUAUGUAUGUAUAACUCAUAAUCACAAGGUGAUCGUAGAGGCAUUAAUCAGCGAGAGAAUUGUGAAUGAUGUCUCUGAAUCCAACUCUAUCGUGUGCUGCAUGAGAGAGAGAGCAUGCAAGGGAAGACCCGUCCAACUUUUAAUGUUAGAAAUCCAUGAUGACUAUUUUAUUUUAUUUUAUUUUUUAUAGACUAUUUUAGUGAUAUAACAUAUUUUGAUCAAGUUUCUUCUUUUCGAAAUUCCAGUCACUUAUACAAUGUCAUGUACAUACACAAUUAUUACAAAACGUAAUUUUAAGUUUGCGCUUUCAGAAUUUCAUUUUCACUUCAAUACUGUAACAGUGCCAUGAUUUCAGUACCAUUGGUGGUGGGUCACAUGUUGUACAAACUCUAAAACAAACAUUUUCUUCUCA